AUGAAUGGAAUGACAACGUUCUCCGUCUUCGAGAAAUCACACGAGACGCUUAUAGGGGAGUUCAACAACGCAAAACGUCAGCGCGCGAACGGUCAGCGCGUUCCUCCAGUCACCCAGCGCGUUGACCUCGAAUACGAUGAUUUUGACGCUGAUCCUCCGUGCGAUACCCUUCAGCAGGUAUUGGAAGCCGGCUGCCGUGGAUGCUUGCACUUUCUCUAUCGAAAAAAAUUGAUUAACCUACACGGGUUUGAUAAUAUGGGACUGUCCUACGUCUGGCUCGCUACAAGAGAGUAUUGGGGAAACAACCCUGGUCUAUUACAUUAUAUGGUACAACGUCUGCCCUGGGACCAUCUAGUGGGCAGUUGUGCGGUCUUUGCUGGGCAUCCUGAUCAAACGCCGCGAACACCCGGUAUUCUCCCACUCAUAAUAAAGUAUGAGGCAGCAGCUCGAGAGUGGGAGAGACGAGUCAGACUCACUUUGACGCAACCGUUGGAGAUACCGUCGGACUGGAAAAGACUCUGGGAGGCAGCAGAAUCCUGCGAUGUAGCAGUCUGGGCCGAUAUGGCCUUCUGCGGCAGACUCCUGGAUUUAGGAAUUAAUGCCUAUGAAGCCUACGUCACGAAUCCCACUCGUGAUGUAGUUCGCAACAUGUGGACCCAUUUGAUUAAAAGGAAAUUUGAUAUCGCCGCCCAUGCGAUUGUGUUCCAUCUCCAUACGAAUGCAAUACAUGUUCAUACGGAGAUAUCACGUUUAAUGGAUGAUGAAGUUCUUCCCGGUAUUAAAAAAAUCCUUGCUCCACCCUGGUAUCAUGCCAUAGCUCGGGACAACACCUAUGUUGCCCAUUGUCUUAGCGCGCCCGGGGAAUAUCGUGUGAAUCCAAUGCAAGAGUGCACCGUAUUUGAUGAUGAUGAUGAUUAUAUAGUUCUCAUCGGCCAUGCGGCCGCAUAUCAGCUCAAUGAGCAUGGAUUGUGCAUGCUUCGUCGGUGGGUGCAAGCAGCAAGCAAUAACAUAACACUUAGUAAAAAGGAUCACGAGAUGCCUUGUUGGAUUCUUUUGGCAAUCUGCGAUUCUGCGCAAGAGGACCGCCGGAGAAGGUUGAAUGAGAGCGCGGCUCGGAUAGCUCGGUCGCCACAGACGAAGCAUCGGAUCCUGAAAGAAAGAGCUCAGGGUAUCAAAAAUAUGAUGGAGUUCGCCCGCCGGGUGAUUCGAUGUGUGUUGGAUGAGAGCAUUCGGGUUAUUGAGACUACAGCUGACGGCCGGCCCGGGCCUCACCGGACUUUGUUCGAUACCCCUGAAUAUCAAGCAUGGCUUGUGGGUUUCCAGCAAGACCACGAGCCAGGAAUGGGAGCAAUUAAAUCAGUCGUUCAGCAACUGCACUUACGAGAGCCUCGCAGAGCCACUCGUAAUGCUCCUCCCCUGGACUUGAUGGAUACAUCGUGGUAG